AUGAGUUUCCCCGAAUGCGUCUGUAAGCCACAGGCUCGUCCAUGUUCUCUGACAAUCACUACCACCACUGAAUCUCCUUCGAUUCUUCCAUUCUUCGAGGAAAUGUGGAUCAAUAUCUUUGUUAUUGGACUUCUCGUGCUCGCGACUGGACUCAUCCUCUUCUUCUGCUACAUGUUCAUUUGCAAGCCCAAAUCUCGCUUCGGCCUUCAUGUGGACCAGGGAGCUGAGCCAGGCCUCGUUGCCGAUGAAAUUGAGUGUCUCUUCCCGGACCCACCAGCUCAUCUCCAGAAUCGUCAGGACGUUUAA